GGAGCCUUUAACGGUCCGAACCUUCCGGAAUCAGAGGGAGAGUUAGACGGUCCUAACCGUUUGUUUUGGUUAAAGGAGGGAGGCAAACCGUCGAUGUGAUGAAAAGUGAGCAGACUCCCAGUUUCCAGGUGAUGAGGCUCUCCCCAACAUGGAAACGAAACGUCCGGAUCUAGUGAACGCUGUUCCGCCUUAUGGACACGUGAUAUGCAGCGAAAAAUGGCGGGAUUCUCCACUUAUUCAAGGCCUGAAAGAUGGAGACGUGCGGGUCCUGUUCGAGGCGGAUCUGGGCGUGGCCGACCUGCUCCUGCCCGGCCGCAGCAGUGUCCUGUUCCUGUCCGAGGCCGAGGUGGUGGGGGGGGGCUACCGGAGGAGGGCGGUCCGAUACCGCGCGGGGGGGGGCCUGCAGCAGCUGGUGCUGGUUCAGCGGGGCCCUCUCAGCCUGCAGGAGUUCCCGGGCCUGCAGCGGUUCGUGGUUCUGGACCUGGGCCUGGCCCUGCUGCCCGUCGCCGGGGCAACCGAGGCCGCGCAGCUCAUCGCUCAGAUGGUAGGCGUCUAACGUCC